UUCAUAUAGGGAAUGGCCAACUCCUGUAUUGCUGAAACAAGCUGAAGAAAGCAACCUUAAUUUACCAGUAUGGGACCCAAGGGUGAACCCAGCAGACCGUUAUCAUGUCAUGCCUAUCAUCACUCCUGCCUAUCCACAGCAGAAUUCCACAUACAAUGUGUCUCCAUCAACACGGGCGAUAAUGGUAGAGGAAUUACAACGUGGUCUUGAAGUUACAAAUGAGAUUCUCCAAGGGAAAUCAGACUGGUCAAAACUCUUUGAACCGCUGAACUUCUUUCAGAAGUACAAACAUUACAUCGUGCUGACUGCUAGUGCCUCUACAGAGGACCAUCACUUAGAAUGGAUUGGCCUUGUUGAAUCUAAAAUUCGUGUCCUGGUUGGAAGUUUGGAGAGGAAUGAAUUUAUAAAUAUGGCACAUGUGAAGCCACAAUCUUUCCCUGGCAAACAAGAGCUCUGUAAACGGGGUGAACAUGUGUCAAUGUGGUUUCUUGGAAUUGAAUUUAAGAAAGUGGAAAAUGCAGAAAGUAUUAACGUUGAUUUAACUCAUGUUGUACACUCAUUCACAAGUACAGUUUACAGACAGGCUAGCAGCUUCAAUGUGCUAAAAGAAGGAAUGAAGAUUGAGGCAGCUCAUGUGAAGAGGAAGCAUCUACACUAUUUUUUGCCAGCUGAAGCCAUUCAGAAAAAAAAGAAGCAAAGUAUGCCAGAUACUGGUAAAAAUGCCUGUGAGCAUCAGUGCAAGAGGCUUUCUGCAGAUGGAAACUGUUUGGGCAGUUCCAGAGACAAGGACUCCAGAACUCCAUAUCAUUCCUCUCUAUUACAUGAGAUAACUAAAAUGGACACCUACACAACAGAGACAAAAAGAACCGCUGUGUAUCAGAGAUCCAGUGCCACUAACAACAGAGAGAAGAUACCUCUUGGAGCUGUGCCAUCAACAUCCAUGGGAUUCCCUUUGCCUGUUACUGACUCAAAAAUGGAGGGUACACUCGGAAGAGCGACAUCAGCACCUCUAACUGGUUGCACCAUUUCAGAACCUAAUACAGGUUCUAAAGUAGGACCACAUUUUGGCCAAAAGCAGCAUGAAUUAACUGAGACUCCAGUUAAAGAGCCAAAGAACACUGCCUCUAAACGACCUUAUUCACCCACCUCAACCGGAGAUGAACCCCCCCAAAAAAUACCUGAUGGAGGAAAGCGAACUGGACAGGACUCAGCAUUCAAAGAUUGUGGCAACCCAGAUGUCAUGAGAGCUACAGGAAAUGACUUACGUGGAGGAAAAGCCGUGCCUGCUCCUGUCAUCCUGACAACAAGAUCACAGAGGCUUUCCAGUAAAGAACUACCAGAUUCUUCAUCUCCUGUUCCAACAAAUAGCAUUCGUAUUAUUAAAAGAUCCAUCAAACUUACCCUUAAUGGGUAGCCGGUUUCUCUUCAGGUGAAGAUGGAAAGCACUUUAGAGAUCUGUAUUAUCAACAUCUAUUGUAUUUACAAACAAGAAUAUGGAAGGUCACUCUUGCCAUACUGCAACUGGCCAGUUAAAAUCAUGGUCUUGUUUUAUAGCAUUGUUCCAUGCUUUGAUGUACUCUUCGCACAUUCUUGUAACAGUUUAUACUUACUAGUCUUUUAAAAAGUCUUAACUGUCACUAGCUGGAACAGCUUUGGAAAAAGCCACAAAAGGUGACCUGUCCUGUGACUUGGGAUUCAGAAUGUAUGUAAACAGGGUUGGUUAACUUGUCACUGCAACCGCAUUCUGAGUUCAAGUGUAUAUGAACAUGCUUGUAUUUAUCUGUGCUUUCCUAGUUCAUGUGUAUCCAUUGUUCUUAUCUUAAAUUAUUUUUCCACUUGGCACGUUCCCUCCUGCGCAUCUGUCACAGUGGUGCUCAGCUUCCUCAAGUGGUAGCUUUCCACUGUCUAGCACAGCCAUGCACUACACAAGUAUUGCCUCCCAUGGAGGCCCAUAAGUAACUCAAAUACUGGAGGAAAUGCAGCAGAGGAUGGUACCCAGGUAUAGAGAUGAUGGAUGCGUCUCAAGCCAUGUUAUCUGAUUUUUGUCUUUAAGACUGCUCCAGCAUGAAACUUGAUGGGUCUUUUUAUUGUCAAUGGGUAGUAAAGCUAAAGUUGGAACACACAGCUGAAGAUGCACAGCUGAGGCUGUUGUGACACUGCUACCUACCUGCAAGCUGCAGUCUUGAGAGCACAUGGCAUGCAGAAAGUGGCUUCAGAUAAACCCUAAAAGCUGUUCUGAAUGGGUACAUGAAAACUUGUAGUAGUCUGGUUCUGUAAACUGCUAACACUGCUUAUCCAGUUAGUGCAUCAGGGUUUUUGAGGGGUGGGGAGAAAUUCUGAUCAUAAGAAAACAAAUGUUAUGUUAUCUCUCUUGCAAGUUCUUUGUAAUUUGGUGGUUUUGUAGAUGAAGUUGUAUGUUUUUUCCAGAGUAUUUUUGUAUAUGCUGUAAAAUAAUAACUUUCAAAGAGAAAUUUAAAA